CAAAGCUGCCCCCAAAGAUUCCUGCUAACACUUGUCUGUUCCUGCCUUUUGUGAAGCAUGGCGCCCACAGGACUCCGGGAAGAAUCUUAAAGCCUGGAGCUCCCCAGCUGCUCCAGAGGGACUCUGUGUGGUUCAUCCACAGUCUCUCUCAGCUCUGGGAGCUGCUCCCACCCCAGCGAUGCCCUCAGGAGCCUUGGCCCCAGCUGGUUGAGACCAUUUCAGAGUGGGACCCAACCUUGCCACCCCACCACCUCCCAUGUCUGGCUGCCCUGGCAGAUUCUAGAAUGUCUGUGCCCCAGAUUCAAGUAGAAGAAGUGGUGGGGGGGGAAGAAGGGCCGGCAGGAACAGCCCCACUUCCGGACGACCACCUCCGGAGCCUGAAGGCUCUCACUGAAAAACUGAGGCUGGAGACCCGCAGGCCCUCCUACCUGGAAUGGCAGGCCAGGCUGGAGGAGCAGGCAUGGCCCUUCCCGAGGCCGGCUGCUGAGCAGGGGGAGUGUGAGGAGGGACAGCCCUCCCUCUCCACCAAACAGCCCAGGCGGCAUCCUCCACCUAAGGAAAACGCCAACCAGGAUGUUGUGACCCAGUCCACCAGCAAGCUGGAAGGCUUUGAGAAUAUCGAUGAAGCUAUAGCCUGGCUCAGGAAGGAACUGACAGAGAUGCGGCUGCAGGACCAGCAGCUGGCCAGACAGCUCAUGCGCCUGCGCAGUGACAUCAACAAGCUGAAGAUCGAGCAGACCUGCGAUCUCCACAGGAGGAUGCUCAACGAUGCCACCUACGAGCUGGAGGAGCGGGAUGAGCUAGCCGACCUCUUCUGCGACUCCCCGCUGGCCUCCUCCUUCAGUCUCUCCGCGCCGCUCAAGCUCAUUGGAGUCACCAAGAUGAACAUCAACUCCCGGAGGUUCUCCCUCUGCUGAGAAGCCCUAGAAGGGGGCAGAGGAGCCAGAACAGAGGGUUUGGGGCAUGAAAGGGAGUUGAGGCCGAGUGGGCUUCCCUGAGACUGGUGAUCUGUGGCCCCCCAGCACCUGUCGGCAGGUGAUCUCUCCCAGGGCCCCAGCUUUGGAACCCAACAUCUCCAUGACUCGCUCUCAUGGGAUACCCAAAGAGUCCUUUAGAAAGGACACUCCAUCCAGAUGUUCAAUGAGACCUGGGCUCCCAGCGUGAUACGUCUCAGUACUCCCCUCAGUGAUCCACAUUCUUGUUUCCCGGAAUCACUGGUGCUAUGAGAACUGGGAUCCCGAAAGGGGGGCCUCCAAAAGCUGUGAUUCUUGCGAAAGGCUUCCCACAGGCACUGAGCCGCCAGAGGGAGGUGAUUAAAUAUUUCAGAUGUGCCCAUCUUGCUGUGGCUGUCCUCUAAGUACUGGCUGGAAUUACCCUAAAUAGGUUACUCAACAACUUUGACGGGGACCCACCAGGAAAGGAAAACCAAGAGGAAUAACAAAGUGCAGCUUGGGGACGCAGGUCCCACAGUUGGCACUUCAUGUGCCAUGUAAAUUGUUCCCAUUGUGUGUGGGGACACAGCAGUGUAGCUUGGGUGGAGCAAGCAGAGGCCCUCUGUUGCCUGUCUGACCACAUAUACCAGUCCCAAUCUCCAAAGAGCCCCUUUGCCACCCCACAACCUUGGGGGAGUGCCUAGGAGACCACUGGUGAUGGAUCCAGGCAGGUCUGUCUGUGGAUUUCCCAUAACUGAAUUCUCCCCGAGGCCAGCAGAGGCCUCCUGGUGGAUCCCAACAAUGUCCCCUAUGUCACCUUUUUGCCCUGCCUAGAAAGAUUCAAGGGAGCCCAGUUGCUCGCCCUGAGCUCCUCUGAGAUUCUGUGCCUGACUUAAAUGACUAAUUUUAAUUGAAUCAGACUGUUAGUAAUCUGUCGCUAACUUGUUAAUAACUGUUUGAUUUUUGUCCAAAUGGCAGAGCCAGUUGGGUAGGUCUAGUACAGAGGUUCAGGAUUUUAUUUGAAAAGGUUCAUCCUAGUAACAAGUGUGAGGAUCAGCAAGGUGAGGACUGAGACCUCGACAGGUUAGGAAAGUUAACCUGUAGAGCACCAUGUCUCAUUCACAAAGGAGUAAAGUGAAGCCAGCGAAGGAGAGAAUGAUUUCCUUCAGGUUACACAGCUCAUUAGUGGCUAUAGAAUAGUGAUGUGUUAAAUCAUGAUUGAUAAUGCCUAGACAGAUCAUAUGUCAAUGAACUGGAACUCCAAAGAUGGUCCUAAUGCUUUGCCAAACCCACAAACUGCCAACCCCUCUACUCUCCACCUCAUUCAACCCCAACAUGCACCUUCCACUUUGCGAUUCAGAAUAUUUGAGUCCAAUUCAGAGCAAUGUCUGGACGGCAGACCCACCGAACACAUAUUACCAAUCAUGAUUCCAUAGUUGAAGGAAGGUGUCCUGCCUUUCGGAUUUUGUCUUCCUGUGUAAUGUCAUUGGGGCACACACACCCACACACCCCAGGACUCGCGCUGGGAAAAGGUGGCUUUUCUUUUGUGGACAGGGAGUGGGAGGACGCACAUGACUUCUUCCUAGUUAGACAGAAAAGAAGUUGGUUUCUUCCUUGUGAUUUCGAGGACCGGGAGGGUUUAUACUUCCUUCAAAGAAGUUAUAACCACAUAGCCAAACUUGUUUGGGCCCCAUUCUCAGCAGUGACAAGAGUCUGAAGCCCAGAAAACUCAUCCAUGGAGACCUCGGGCAGAAGGCCAGGCCCCCUUAGGCAAGAAAGGAGGGAGAUUUUCUUCACCCAGCGAUGUCUCUCUGCAGG